UUUCCCGCUUUCCUCCACCCCCGGCGUGGGUGAUCCCGAGGCUCCGCGCGCUUUGGGGCAGAAACCCGGAGACGCCGUCGUCUAUGUCGUUACUGCUGGCGUUUCUAUUACCCUCGGCCCCCUCAGCUGUCCCCCAGUUCGUGGCCCUAAGUCGGCUUUCCUGCUGAGCCCCGUGGGGUGCCGCGACGUCCCCCGGUAUUGGCAAGGCUGGGCCCCGACGCCGCGCGCAUCACGCCUAGCCCAACUGUUUGGACUCGCCACUCAACCGCUGUCUUCUUUCCCAGGACUGCUUCUUAGGGGGCCUCCGGCUUGCACGCUCGCCCCGCGCCGGAGCGCUCCGGCCCGGCCAGGGAGCGGCCCCUUGUAGAGGUCCGAGAAGCCUAUCGCGGUCCAUCCCGGCGCCCGACCCUCCCACCGUUCGGCCACUGGCCCGCUUCUUCCUGAUGCAGACUGCCGUCCACUAGAGGCUGGACAGGACCCCCGAGGUGAUUCAUGGCAGGGGACGUGGAAGGAUUCUGUUCCUCCAUCCAUGACACCAGUGUCUCUGCUGGAUUCAGAGCACUGUAUGAGGAGGGACUGCUUCUCGAUGUGACUCUGGUUAUUGAAGACCAUCAGUUCCAGGCCCAUAAAGCCCUCUUGGCCACCCAGAGUGAUUACUUCAGAAUUAUGUUCACAGCAGACAUGAGGGAACGAGAUCAGGACAAAAUUCAUUUGAAAGGUCUAACAGCUACUGGUUUCAGCCACGUUCUUCAGUUUAUGUAUUAUGGAACUAUAGAACUAAGUAUGAAUACUGUUCAUGAAAUCCUUCAGGCAGCAAUGUAUGUUCAGCUUAUAGAAGUGGUGAAAUUCUGCUGCUCUUUUCUCUUAGCCAAAAUCUGCUUAGAAAAUUGUGCGGAAAUUAUGAGACUGUUAGAUGAUUUCGGUGUUAACAUCGAGGGAGUCAGGGAGAAGCUGGAUGCCUUUCUGCUAGACAACUUCGUGCCACUCAUGUCCAGACCUGACUUCCUGUCAUAUCUGAGCUUCGAGAAGCUCAUGUCUUAUUUGGAUAAUGAUCAUCUGAGCAGGUUUCCAGAAAUAGAGCUGUACGAGGCUGUGCAGUCUUGGCUGCGACAUGAUAGACGACGAUGGAGACACACAGAUACCAUCAUUCAGAACAUCAGGUUUUGUCUGAUGACUCCAUCCAGCGUUUUUGAGAAGGUUAAAACAUCAGAAUUUUAUAGAUACUCCCGACAGCUCCGAUAUGAAGUUGACCAAGCAUUGAAUUACUUCCAAAAUGUUCACCAGCAGCCCUUGUUGGACAUGAAGUCAAGCCGUAUUCGUUCUGCCAAACCCCAAACUACAGUAUUCCGAGGAAUGAUUGGACAUAGCAUGGUUAAUAGUAAAAUACUUCUGUUAAAGAAACCAAGAGUCUGGUGGGAACUAGAGGGCCCCCAAGUACCUCUAAGGCCAGACUGCCUUGCUAUUGUCAAUAAUUUUGUAUUCCUGCUAGGUGGAGAAGAACUGGGCCCCGAUGGCGAAUUCCAUGCCUCUUCAAAAGUGUUCAGGUAUGAUCCAAGACAAAAUUCUUGGCUGCGUAUGGCAGACAUGUCUGUACCCCGCUCAGAAUUUGCUGUUGGUGUCAUUGGGAAGUUUAUUUAUGCUGUAGCAGGCAGAACAAGAGAUGAAACUUUCUACUCAACAGAAAGAUAUGAUAUCACUAAUGAUAAAUGGGAAUUUGUAGAUCCUUAUCCAGUUAACAAAUAUGGACAUGAGGGGACAGUGCUCAAUAACAAGUUGUUUAUCACUGGAGGAAUCACUUCAUCUUCCACAUCUAAACAGGUGUGUGUGUUUGACCCCAGUAAAGAAGGGACCAUAGAACAGCGGACCAGGAGAACUCAAGUAGUCACCAACUGCUGGGAGAAUAAGAGCAAGAUGAAUUACGCCAGAUGCUUUCACAAAAUGAUCUCUUAUAAUGGCAAGCUUUAUGUCUUUGGUGGUGUCUGUGUGAUCUUGAGGGCCUCUUUUGAAUCUCAGGGCUGCCCUUCCACAGAGGUGUACAACCCAGAUACCGAUCAGUGGACCAUCUUGGCAUCCAUGCCAAUUGGUAGAAGUGGUCAUGGUGUGACUGUGCUGGACAAACAGAUAAUGGUCCUUGGAGGCCUUUGUUAUAAUGGUCAUUACAGUGAUUCCAUUCUCACCUUUGACCCAGAUGAAAAUAAGUGGAAAGAAGAUGAGUACCCUCGGAUGCCCUGCAAGCUGGAUGGUUUACAGGUGUGCAACCUACAUUUUCCGGACUAUGUACUGGAUGAGGUUAGACGUUGCAACUGAUGACAUCUUUCUCCCUUAAAAGGAAAAAGGCAAAUAAAGCAUUUGUGAUACAGUAGUUUAAAAGCAUAAAGAAAAACCUCACCAGUUUUACUAUCAAAGCCAUUGGUCUAAUAUUGUAAGUUUUCAUUCUGUGCUAGCAUCUUUCUUUUCCUUUCAGUGGCCUCAGAAUCACGCAAUAAGUUCAUUUGAAGCACUAGCUCUUGAAACUACUUCCAAAAGCAGUUUAUACGCUGCUCUACUUACCUGGGAAGUUGAUUUUCUGCUUUAAACAUUUCUUUCAGAUGUUAGUGUAGUAUUUGUGCUUCUUGUAAGAGAAGACCCAGUAAGUGUCACUGGAUAUGAUUUCAGUCCCUCUUUAUUUGAACUCUUUGGAGAUUAUUUUAGUCUGCUAUAUGUUUUGGUUUAUUAUUUAAAAGUCUAAAACUCUUGACCUUUUUGCAUGGCUUUUUGCUGAAAAUGCAAAAAUUUAAAUUUUCUACAAAAGUUUUUUAUAUCAGAACACUAUUUCUAAGCUGCCUUCUCUUAUGUGCAUUGCGUUAGUGAAAGCAUACCCAUACUCAUAUACAUCCUAUAAAUAUAUAAGGCACACUCCUUUUACGCGUGGUUAGGAUUCUAUAUUUUUAAGCUAGUGCACUUGCACAAACAG